UGUGGGUAGAGGGGUGCCAGCGCAGAAAUGAAAGCUACUUGUUCAAAGCUUUAAAAGUAUCAACUUUAAAUGCGAAUCGCUUAAAAGCAAUUACAAAUUCUUGGUAUAUAUGUUGAAAAGAACAAAAUGUUACCUUUUCUUUAAAAUUUAAUACCUAUCUCGUGUGAAUCGACUAUCCCUAAAGUGACGUAGUCGGCCGGUGACAUGGAAAAUCCAAGAUGGAGGUGAACAGAGACGAAGCAGAAAGAUGUAUCGAUAUAGCAGAAAAAUACAUCCGAGCAGGGGACCGAGAGAAGGCUGUGAAGUUCCUGUACAAAGCCGAGAAGUUAUACCCCAGCCAGAAGGCACAAGCGUUACUUGAAGCCCUACUGAGAAACGGGACAGCGGCUGGUGGCAGUAAGCCAAGUAUGAACGGUGAUGGCGGAGAAACACGUAGGAGGAAAACGACGGCGUCCAACACAGAGGACAAGGAGAACACACAGGCCAACGGGGAAAUCCAACAUGAGUACACCAGUGAACAGUUAGAGGCUGUGAAAAGAGUAAAGAAAUGUAAAGAUUACUAUGAAAUCCUUGGAGUCACAAAAGAUGCACAAGAAGAUGAUCUGAAGAAAGCAUACAGGAAACUGGCCCUGAAGAUGCACCCAGACAAAAACCAUGCACCUGGGGCAGCCGAGGCAUUUAAAAGUAUUGGCAAUGCAUACGCGAUCCUGAGCGACCCAAAGAAACGUAAAGAGUAUGACUUGUACGGUGAGGAGAAGCCACAGCAUACAACCAAUCACAGACAUCGUCACUACUAUUAUGACGACUACACCAGGGGAUUCGAAGCUGAGAUUUCACCAGAAGACUUGUUCAACAUGUUCUUUGGCGGCGGUUUUCCCACAGGCGAGGUCCAUGUGCACAGAAGGCGGACUCCCAGGAGACAUCACAGAAGAGAAGAGGAUGGAGAGAGACGGACGGCCACCGUGACGCACGCCAUGUGGCUACAGAUGGUCCCUUUGCUCCUGCUGGUGUUCAUGUCACUGCUGAGCAGUCUCUGGGUCUCAGACCCCCUCUUCAGCCUCAACAGGAGAGGGGAUUAUAACCAAGAAAGGACAACAUCCAACCUGAAGGUUGUGUACUACGUAAAGAAGGACUUCCUGAAGGAACAUCACAACUCCUUACUGAGGAUAGAACGGCAGGUGGAAGAAACUCACCUGGACAACCUGAGAACAAGCUGCUGGAGGGAGCAGCAGUACACAUGA